AUUUCUUCUAACUCACACCCACCAGCUACAACUAUGGCGAGUCUUCUUCGUCGCCCACAGAGUGUGGUUCGGUCAUCGCGGCAGCUCCUUGAAGCUGCAUCGCUUUCCAGCACAUUAGCUCUUCGGCCAGCGUCGAUACCGCGUCCGUCAUACGCGUGUGCUCACAGCAGGAAGUAUGCCACGAAACCCGGGAAGCCGAACAAAAGCGAUGGCAAAGUUCGAAAGCCCGGCAGCACACCUGCUAAGGGCAUGGAGCACCUUUACAGCAAUCAAUCUCCAAUGUCGCCAAAGCCAGACUCGUCGCAGAACAACAGUGAUGGCGAGACCAAGGGCCCUUUGCCUGGCCGAUCGGAAUUGACACCAGAGGAGGAUCAAGCUUUGAGUAAGGUGUUUGACACGAUCAAGAUUGGCAUGCCGAAAUCUAUGGUGAAAGACGUCGAGAAAGCACUUGAGAAGCUUCGGGAACAGGGAAUGCCUGAUGAGCUUCGAAAUGCGAUCAAGGAAACCUCGGAGGAGGGCAUGUCGCCUUCAAGAGCUGCGAAACUUUUUCGACUAGUUACACAUCUCGCACGUCAGAACGCCGAGGAAAUUGUGGCAGAGAAAUCCAAGGAGCAAAAGAAAGCCAGCUCAUCACAUGAGUCUUCCAGCGAAUCGAGUACGUCCGGCAAGGAUAAAACUAAGCAGGAAAGUAGUGAUGGCAAGAAGAAGGACAGUGCACCGCCGGUGUACGAAUUCAAAUUGGAUCUCUCCAAUAUCCUGGUAUCGGCAUUUGUCUCUUAUCUGCUUUACAGGUUGGUGGUACCGAGCGAGAACAGUCGCGAAAUCACAUGGCAGGAGUUCCGUACAACGUUUUUCGAUAAAGGACUUGUUGAAAACUUGGUCGUCAUCAACGGCAACCGCGUACGCGUCCAUCUACAUCGCGAAUCUGUUGCUGCCACCUACCCGGAGUCUCCUGCCGCCCAACCAGGCUUCUACUAUUACUUCAGCAUCGGAUCUGUCGAAGCAUUUGAGCGGAGAGUGGAUGAAGCACAGAACGACUUGCGCAUACCAAGUUCUGAGCGGAUACCAAUCUCAUACCAUACCGAGGGAAGCUGGUUCAACACUGUGCUAGCGUUUGGUCCUACACUCCUGUUCAUUGGUGCAAUCUUCUAUCUGUCACGUCGUGCCGCAGCCGGAGGCGCAGGCGGCCAGUCUGGCAUUUUCGGCAUGGGUCGAAGCAGGGCUAAGAAGUUCAACCACGAAACCGACGUGAAGGUCAAGUUCGCCGAUGUUGCAGGCGCAGAUGAGGCGAAGGCCGAAAUCAUGGAGUUCGUCAGCUUUCUCAAAAAGCCUGAUAUCUACCAGAAGCUCGGGGCGAAGAUCCCUCGUGGCGCAGUCCUUUCAGGGCCACCUGGAACCGGUAAAACCCUUCUGGCCAAGGCUACUGCUGGUGAAAGCGGAGUUCCCUUCUUCUCUGUCUCUGGAUCUGAAUUUGUAGAAAUGUUCGUCGGUGUUGGUCCUAGCCGAGUGCGAGAUCUCUUCGCGAAUGCUCGUAAGAAUGCUCCUUGCAUCAUCUUCAUUGACGAGAUUGACGCCAUUGGAAAAGCGCGUGCCAAGCAAUCAUUUGGAGGGGGCAAUGAUGAGCGAGAAAGCACGCUCAACCAAAUUUUGACAGAGAUGGACGGCUUUAAUACUUCGGAACAAGUCGUUGUUCUAGCUGGUACGAACAGAGCUGAUGUUCUUGAUAAGGCGCUAAUGAGGCCCGGCCGUUUUGAUCGGCACAUCGCAAUCGACCGACCGACAAUGGAUGGCAGAAAGCAAAUCUUCAAAGUACAUCUCAAGAACAUUGUCACCAAUGAGGAAGUGGAACAUUUGACAGGUCGACUCUCUGCACUCACCCCUGGAUUCGCUGGUGCCGAUAUUGCAAACUGUGUGAACGAGGCUGCACUCAUUGCUGCCCGGACACAGGCCGACUCUGUCGUGAUGCAGCAUUUCGAGCAGGCUAUCGAACGUGUCAUCGGCGGUCUUGAAAAGAAGAGCUUGGUCCUAUCUCCCGACGAGAAGAAGACUGUUGCAUAUCAUGAAGCCGGCCAUGCCAUUUGCGGUUGGUACUUCGAGUAUGCGGAUCCUCUACUCAAGGUCAGCAUCAUCCCUCGUGGAUCUGGCGCGCUUGGUUACGCACAAUAUUUACCUGGCGGUGGUCGUGAUGAAGUCCUCAUGAACGUCAAACAGCUUAUGGAUCGUAUGGCCAUGACACUUGGUGGUCGUGUGAGCGAGGAGCUGCAUUUCGACACCGUGACCUCCGGUGCCAGCGACGACUUCAACAAGGUCACGCGACUGGCCACUGCCAUGGUCACUAAAUGGGGCAUGUCAAACGUUGGAUACAUUUACUACCCUGACUCCGGUGAGACCCAAGAGACCCAACUUCAGAAGCCAUUCUCCGAGGCGACCGCCCAGGCCAUCGACGCUGAAGUCAAGCGCAUUGUCAUGGAAGCCUACAAGCAAUGCAAGACUCUCCUCGAGGAGAAGAAGAAAGAAGUCGGCAUCGUUGCGGAAGAGCUCCUCUCCAAGGAAGUCCUCAGCCGCGACGACAUGAUUCGCCUGCUGGGUCCUCGGCCAUUCCCUGACAAGGGAGAGUUUUCAAAGUAUUUCGGCGGCGGUUCUAAAACUGGCCCAAUCAUUCCUCCACCUGGUGAAGCCAACCCGGGUGUUGCGGAGCCACCUGCUGGUGGUGACCUGCCGCCACCACUUGGUGGUGGACAGGGAGCCCCUGCACCUACCAUCUUCCAACGGCAGGAGAAGUGAGCAUUACAUCUCGGGGAUGGGUGCUGUGAGCAAGCUGAGCGAGACAGGUCCGUCUGCUUUCCACCUCGGAGAAAUAGGUCUGAUCUUCGGCCGUGCCAUUAUGGGUAGUUGGCAAAGGGACACUUAUCCUUCUCGCGGUGUCAAUUGCCAGGAUCAUGUGAACUUUUCUGUACAAUGUGAGACAUAGAUCUAAUCGACGAGCAUUUUUGUACUGUACAUAACGCAAGGUUUGGAGCUUGGAGUAGAGCAGCAAAAGCAUAAGAGUCGCAAAAGGAGGAAAUAGCGGGUGAGAUCUCUCCAGGGGAUUCGUGUCCACGUGGAGCGAAGCGAAGAGCACAAAUCGGCUCGAAGCUGACAAGCUCCUGGCGUCAUUGGGCGAGGCGACUUCGCUGAAGGCAAACUGCUUGAAGGUAACAUUUUAUUUGAUUUGUUUAUCGAGGGUAGAAAAGAGAACGGGAAAUGCAAAACUCCACUAUUUCACACCUU